AGCCCAUCUCGAGACCGAAACGCGGCCUGAGACCACGACUGAGCUGGAGAGGUUGACCUGGUCUCUACCUGUCAAAGUAUAAAUUGUCUUAUCAAGAAGAGGCAUUCCUCGUUGUGUCGCGGCUAUGCCUGCUCUCUCGGCAGAAGCUGAAAAGACUUUGCUUGACUAUGAGGCGACAGCGACCAGGGCUUCGCUAGACACACAAUUUGAAUUUGCGCUCGUCCUCCUCUCGCACAAGUCAUCUACGUUGCAUCAUGAGAAGGGACUCAAGCUAAUUCGACGUCUUUCUGAUGCAGCGUUUGCUCCUGCUCAGUAUAAACUUGCAUGCAUCCUCGCUCAGCCAAGCUCUCCCUUGCACAAACAGAACUUGCCUGAAUCGCAUGCAUUACUUGUUGAUGCAUCAAAGCGCGGCCAACAUGCAGACGCAUCUUUCCUGGCCGCACAUAAUCACCUCGCCGGUCAAGGAUGUUCCCAAGACCCGGGAAAGGCAGUUCAGUUUCUGAAACGCGCAGCAAUAGGUCAACACAUUGGCGCCAUGACAAUGCUUGGGCUCGCUUGCGUCAAGCAGGAGCAUGGACUGAAACACCAAGAAAAGGAAGGCGUCAAGUGGCUCAAACGUGCAGCAGAGGGGGCUACCUCACAUUUCAAUGAUGCGCCCUACCAGCUUGGAAUCUUGCAUGAGACUGGCUUCCUCGACUUGCUUCUACGAGACCACACAUUUGCCUUGCAAUGCUACGUACAAGCUGCUGACCUUGGCCAUCUACAAGCCGCAUUCAGACUAGCAGAGUGCUAUGAAUUUGGUCUUCUUGGGUGUCCAAUCGACCCUGGUCUUUCGAUCCACUACUACACGAUGGCAGCUUGUCCAGAAUUCUUGGAUCAUCAUGGUGCUGUCAUUGUGAAGGAUGGCUUACCACCAGCUUACCUGGCUCUCUGUGCAUGGUUAUUGGUUGGCUACCCUCCUCUGCUUGACAAGAAUGAGCAGGAAGCAUUUCUAUGGGCGCUUAAAGCGUCGCAAGCUGGCAGUGGCACGGGUCAUUAUUGCGUGGGCGUGUGCUAUCAAAAGGGGAUUGGCGUCAAAAGGUCACUCGACAAGGCAAUGACCUAUUAUCUCCUGGCCAAGCAGGCAGGUGAUGAGCGAGCAAUCAAGCGCUUGUCCAUGUUGCCCGCGCGCCAGUCAAGUCCCUUGAAAGAUGCUUUUGCGACUAGACGAGGAAGUUCCGAUCACGAUUCUGAGGGCGAGCAUAAAGAAAAACCAAAGGAAGAUUGUCUUAUGAUGUAGAGUGCAACCGUGCUUGUUCUCGAGAU